GCCGCAUUGCUCUUUAUUCGCUGUAGCCGCUCCGGCUUCAAUUUGACCAGUUUUUCCAGGUUGGAAGGUCUGAUUCAAAAUGGCGUCAUACCUUACGAGCAGAGGCCUGUAUGGUAUGAUGUGUACAAAGCCUUUCCGCCGAAAGAAGAACCUGUGUUUAACAGACCAAUACCUGAUAAAGUAAUCCGUCCUAUUCUUUAUCCAGAAGACAUAGUGAGGGCAUGUUUUAUGAUUGUGUCAAAUCAGAAAACCACUCAUCCGGAUCUGGAAAGUGAUCAGCUAUUCUCCUUGGCCGAAAACGAUCUCCAAAAGGAGGGAACCAUAUUGUACCCCAACAACUAG